ACCUGGCAACACCCCGGGGCCGGAUGGGCUGCCAGGUCUGUUCAGUAGCAACAGAGGGGAAGAUGGUGGACUUGGCGACAACAUCGUGCUCGAAACUCCGUCCCAAACACUUUGAAAAAUAUUUACCAUCUCAACCUGGUGUUAGGUAUAGACUGCCCGGGGACAACCACAGAUAAUAUUUUGCGAAAACCGUACGUUAGAAGAGGACGUUUCUUUCUUCCACCUCUGGACAACUCUUUAUCCCGGGACUUAAAGGAAGCGGAGACUCGUGGUGGUUGGUGCUGGUAACGGACGUUAGCCGAACGACAACCAAAAGUGACGAUAUAAGUGUGAAGGAAGGUGGCGUUUUGUAGUUUUUAAUCCAGCUGAAUAGGUAAAAAGCACGGAGGUUAAGAGACCGCCGUGUGCUUGCUGCCUCCUCAACAACUGACCUAACAACAGCUAGCUCAGCCCGGCUAGCUUUGUUUUUGUUUUUCGGCUAGCUUUUUUUUUGAGAACUGGUGGAUCAGCCCACUGCCCGACAUGCCACGGAAUAAAAAGGGGAAACGUGGCUCCAGUAAGCCGGGCUCUCUCCGUCAGGAGGUUCUUCAGCUGCAGCUGUCGGCUAAAGCGUCGGUGAAAGGUGCUAAAAACGGGUUGAAGGGAGAGUCGGCCGCCAGCGAUGACGAGCUGAUGUCUGAUGUUAUCAGCCACUACAGCAGCGCCAGCGAGGGCACCUCGGUGCUGGAAGAGGGCACAGGAGGCGAGCAGGUGGAUGAGCAGACGGCCCAGGAGGAAACAGAAGACAAACUCAAGCAGUGCAUAGACAACCUGAUGGACAAGAGUGCGAAGACUCGUCUAGCAGCCCUGGAGUCACUGCGACAGGCCUUCUCCUCCAGAUUACUGUACGACUUCAUGACCGAGAGACGCCUCACUGUCAGCGACUGCUUGGAAAGGAGCCUUAAAAAAGGCGGUGGAGAGGAGCAGGCGGCAGCAGCCACAGUCUUCUCCCUGCUCUGCAUCCAGCUGGGGGGCGGAGACGAGGCGGAGGAGGGCUUCAAGAUGCUUCGUCCCAUCCUCACCGACAUCCUGACUGACAGCACCGCCAACAUGGCAGCUCGCCAGAGUUGUGCUCGGGCUUUGGGGAUGUGCUGCUAUGUUUCGACGGCUGAAGAGGGAGAGGACUUGGUUAAGUCGCUGGCCCUUUUGGAGAACGUCUUCAUGUCUUCCUAUCCAAACCGUGAAGGAGCGCUGCCCACACCCAAACCAGGAACUCCAGGCCUCCACACUGCAGCCCUGCAGGCCUGGUCGCUGCUGGUCACCCUCUGUCCCGCUUCCAGACUGUCUGUGCUGCUCGACCUUCACCUCCCUAAACUGCAGGCGUGUCUUGAGAGCGCCGAUGUCAACUACAGGAUCGCAGUGGGAGAGACCAUCGCUCUGCUGGUGGAGUUAGCACGACUAGAGGAGUUUGACGUGGAGGACAAUGAAAGUCUGUGCGAAUCCCUGAAGAGUUUAGCCACGGACGGAAACAAGCACAGAGCCAAGAACGACAGGAGGAAACAGCGCUCCAUCUUCAGAGAGGUGCUGCAUUACAUAGAGAACGAGGACUUCACAGAGGAGAGGAUCAGGUUUGGAGUGGAGAGUGUUUACAUCGACAGCUGGGGGAAGAGGAGGAUCUACGACGCCUUCAAGGAGAUUCUCGAGUCUGGAGUCAGACACCAUCUACAGUUCAACCCACUACUGAGAGACAUCUUCGGCCUCGGUGCCCCUCUCAUCCUGGACGCUACAGUCAGAGUCAACAAGAUCUCACGUUUUGAGAAGCAUCUUUUCAACUCGGCCGCGUUCAAAGCCAGAACUAAGCAGAGGAGCAAAGUCAGGGACAAACGCGCCGACGUCAUGUGAGAGAAGCGGCCGGGACGGCGUGGGAGAGGACGUCCUCCAGCUCUGCUGAGAUGGACACAACACGAUGCCUUCAACUUGACACACAGACUCAACAAACAGGGAUUUUUUCACUCGUGCUCUUCAUGUGCAAUUUACGUGUCCACAUUCAAGGUGGCCGAUGUUAAUUCUAGCUCUGAGGCAAGAACCUGCUGAGGACCAGUUGUAAUGUUCUCUCUAGCAGGUGUUUGCUUUUUUAAAAAAGAAAAAAAAACACAACAGUUAAAUAAGAUGUAGGAAUAAAAUGGUGCGUAUAAUAAGACGUUUAGAUACAUUUUACUAUCAUUGAAAAUCCGGAGAACGAGUCGUGUCUCUGACAUUUCCGAUCUGUGCAGCUCUCCUCGGUGCUGAUGGUAGUCUUCAUGAUGCAGCUGCCCAGGUCUUUUUAUUUCUAAAUUCCAGAUGUUUUUCACUGGACGCAGCACAGGACUUUUCAGUGUUCUGUGUUUGAGAAUAAGCAUCUGUUAAAAAAUAACAAAAGAACAACACAACGUGGAACUAUUCAGUCGUCCUCUGUCCUGAGUGGCUUCUCCAGCUGCCAAACCACAAACGGACUUUUACAAGCAAUGCAACCUAAAAGCAAAGAAUAAAUAAAACGUGUGUGGUGUUUGCGUGAGGGUGUGUUUUAAUUUAAUUUAACCAUGUAACGAAACACUUAAAUAUACAGAGGAUGCCUAAUUAAACCAAUGAAAUCAAAGAAUUAGUAUUGUCAUCUUUGUAUUCGCAUUUUAUUUUAUUUUUUAAUUUUUUUUUGAAAGGAAAAUUUAAUUUUAACCAUUUCUGGUGAAUAAUUGUAUUUUACUUUCUAAUUUAUUAAGCGAGUAGUAGUGCUGGGUUUUUAAGGAAUUUAAAAAUACUGUUUACAAUUAAGGGAAAAAAGACGACGAGAACAAGUUUGUGUUUUUAAAGGUGGUUUGGUCGGUUAUGCGCUCAUCAUACAUGUAUGUGUUACAGAUAUACUGGACAUUUUAUGGGUUUAUGGUUAUAUGUGUAUGAAAUGAUGGUUGCAUUUCAAUGCUUUUCCGAUCUGAUGAGUUCUACAUAAAUAUGUGCAGGUCACUAAUCAGAGCUGCUGAUCAGACAGGUUUGGGGGCGUUUCUUGGUUUUUAUUGUAGUCAAGCUGGCAAAUAAAAUUCAUUGUUUCCCGAUUGACAAGCUGUAAGAUCCCAUGUUUCAGAGCUUUUGAUAAUAUUAAAUAAAUGAGACAAACAGUGAAAACAUUUUAGCAGCUUUCACUCGAUAAAUGAAAAGUGUCAAGCCCCACCAAACUGUCUCAUCAGUGCAUCUGGUUUUCAGGCGCAUGGACAAAAGAAGGAAAAAAUGAAAUAAAAGAGAAUUUGCCCUCUUC